AUGUCCGGCAGAGGAAAGGGAGGAAAGGGUCUUGGCAAGGGAGGAGCCAAGCGUCACAGGAAGGUUCUCCGUGACAACAUCCAGGGCAUCACCAAGCCCGCCAUCCGCCGUCUUGCUCGUCGUGGUGGUGUGAAGCGUAUCUCCGGUCUCAUCUACGAGGAGACCCGCUCCGUCCUCAAGGUCUUCCUCGAGAACGUCAUCCGUGACGCUGUCACCUACACCGAGCACGCUCGUAGGAAGACCGUCACUGCCAUGGACGUCGUCUACGCCCUCAAGCGCCAGGGACGUACCCUCUACGGUUUCGGAGGAUAA